AUGCUGAUGAAGCCGAUAAUUGAUUCCGAAUCGGGAAAGUUGAACAAAAAAAGCAGCCCUCAGAAUAUCAAGCAAAAACUUUUCAGACAAGAUGGCACAAACAAAAGUGACAUAAAAGGAUAUAUGCGUAUGCAUUCAAAGAAGAAACGGCAAAAGUACAUUAAUUCAACAGUCGAAGAUAAAACGACUGAAACUGAACAAAAUACUCUUUUGACAUCUGGUCUCAAGGUGGACAGUCAGUCAGAGGAAUCUGAUCGCUUAAGAUCAAAGAAUAAAACUAGGAGGGAGAAAAAUAAAAGUGUAACAAAGCGUUUACCCGAACAUCCUGAUUCUGUUAUGAGCAGUAAAGACCAUUGUAGCGUAAGCAAUCAGAAUUGUCUAUCUCUACUCAUCACCAACCUACCCAAACAUAUAAAUUAUUCAAUGCUCAAAGAUGCCAUACCAUCGGCUGCACGCUUGCAUCUGUUCAGGAAAUCUGGAAAGCGUUUAGCGUUUGCCAAUUUCUAUACCAUGGAUGACUAUUCAAAUGCCAUUAGUCGCUUGGAGGGACUUGAGUUUGACGGGAUCAAGCCAUUGUUUAGGCAAGUUACACGCCAUGAAAAAACUGAAAAGGAAAAACCUGAGAGUGGUGAAUUGAGAUUGACUAUUCAUAAUUUACCAUACUCUAUAACUACGACUGAGUUAGAAGAUGAAUUCCCUACAGCCAAAUCAAUCAUAAUAAAUACGAAGAAAACUGGAGUUAAUAAAGGAUCCUGUUUACUUGAGUUUGAAUGUCAUGAUGAUCUUCAAGUUGUUCUGGAUGCUUGUCAAAAUAAAGUGAUCGGUGGUCGCCGUGUAUCUGCCUUGCCCGGUCUUCAUUUUGAAAUUAAAUCCGAAAACACUAAAGCAAAUACUAAAGAAGCCACUACAUUUGGCAUAAAAAUAUGCAAACUGUCUACAUCAAUAGAAGAUGAUCGACUUCGACAGCAGUUUCCAUUGGGAUCCAUAAUUGAAUAUUGUUCAGUGCCUACUAGUAAUCCAUCAUGCAGAAAUGUAUUUCUCACUCUCAAGAACAAUAUAUCUAAUCAACUAAUUGUUAAAAAACUUCGUAGAAAAGGUAUCGACCAACAUCGCCUGCGCAUACAAUUAUGGUAUAAAAAGAACUUCAAAUCUCAAAAAAUUGAGCUAAAGCCACCAACUGACGAUAACAAAAACAAAAUUGAUGAACUGAAAUUAAAGACGAGUGGUUCAGCUGAAAAUGUUGAAAUGACAUUUUCAGAAUCAGAUAAAAAGAAUAAAUCAAAAAAACAGAAACUUGAAAAAAUGGAUGUCUUUUUGGAGAAUACUAAACUUGUGGCUUCAGACUCAGCCAAUAAAAAGCACAAAUUGAAAAAACGGAAAUAUGAGUGCGUAGACGUAAAUAUGAUCGAUUCGCAUUCGUCGAACACUCCACAGUUUCAUAAGAAAAAGGAGUUCAAAACCAAAGAAAGGAGUCACAUCGGUGACAAUCCAAAACACAUAGUAUUCGAUCAAGUAGAUAACAAAAACAAAAUUGAUGAACCGAAAUUAAAGACGAGUGGUUCAGCUGAAAAUGUUGAAAUGACAUUUUCAGAAUCAGAUAAAAAGAAUAAAUCAAAAAAACAGAAACUUGAAAAAAUGGAUGUCUUUUUGGAGAAUACUAAACUUGUGGCUUCAGACUCAGCCAAUAAAAAGCACAAAUUGAAAAAACGGAAAUAUGAGUGCGUAGACGUAAAUAUGAUCGAUUCGCAUUCGUCGAACACUCCACAGUUUCAUAAGAAAAAGGAGUUCAAAACCAAAGAAAGGAGUCACAUCGGUGACAAUCCAAAACACAUAGUAUUCGAUCAAGAAUCAAUGAAUCUUGCAUUCUUGACAACUGAUGUUCAAGAGAAAUUCAGUAUUCUUCAUACAUGCACACACCCACAAGGUAUUGAAGUUAACCCUAAAAAACAUCGACUUAGUUUCGAGAAACCCAAAGGUAUAUUUCAACAAGCGACCCCUUAA